GACCAAUUAAAAAAAGAAAAUAUUGUCUAUGACUCGCGCGAGAUUUGGAAUGUGAUGAAUCUGUGAUUUAUUAGGUGCUCUCUGUUUUCACAAGUUUAAGUUACUUUCAUAUAAUUGGAUUUUUUGUGGAUUGAUACAUGGAGAUUUGUAAAUAUCAUGAGGUUCCAGACGUGAAAUGAAUUAGAACAAAAAUGCAAAGAAUCUUUGGGCUUGGUGCCCAAUCACAAAAUAAAAGAUGGUGACCAGCGACAGUGGCGGUUCACCGAUCAACGGUUUCCACCUGGGACCUCAUGAUGAGGAGGCUCGGGCACCCAGUGUCUCCUCACUCUCAGUAUACAAACAGAAGAUCGACGCGCUUUUCGACGACACGAGGUCCCUCAUAAGUCUACCUCAAUAUGGAACUAUAUCGGAGACCCCGCGAAAAGAAAGAUCCAGUUUGAACAUUAUCUCAAAGGGGAAAUGUGACGAUGACAGCAUCUACGCCCAAAAUAAAAUUAAAAAAAUUAACAACACGGUCCAGGACCGUAUAGAGAGGAUGUUCGCGGACAUGGCCGGGGACUCCCCGCAAGUCUCCGAGAUGAUCGGCGUUCACGUGUUCAACGUCCACUACCUCGGCUCCACGCCGCUGCAGAGCAAAGUGACUAGCCUAUCCGGACUUCAGGAUCCUCUCCGAGAUCUGUACUUCGCAUAUAGAAGAAAUUACCGCAACAAGAACGCGUUCUCCGGUCGUCUCGAAAUAUCUAAGAGCGGUCUCAAGGUGGGAUACAAGGGGGAGAAGGGAGAUUUGGAGCAACUCAAUCCCUUUCCGACGAUAGCCGUUUGGUCGGCCGUCAAAUUUGUCGUGCAAUCUUUUGUGAACCGAGACCGCCCGAGCUACGCGUUCGUUCCUUUGAUCACGGACCCCGACAACAUCGACCGACAGUCGCUCUUCAAGACGUUGGAGACGUCCGACAAAAAAUACAUCCUCUCUCACAACGAAAACUCACAUUCGCCUCUUUUCGCUGUCGUGAUGAGGAAAAUCGGCGUCGCGAAACAGCUGGAGUGCCACGGGUUCGUAUGUCAGACGACCGAGGACGCCAUAGUCAUAGCGGCCACGCUGUACAAAUCGCUCAUGUCGCACAUGAGCAGGCAGGGGCACAACGACAAGAAGUUCAAGAAUCGCAACGGAGUCAGCUGUAUGAGUAUAGCGAGUAGUAUACCGGCCAACGACAUACCGACGCGACCGCCGCGGAAGAAGCGGAGUACCUCCUCCACGAGCGGCGACAGCGACCGGGCCGACGGCGUCUCCGCCAACGGAUCCUACGUGGAAAAUUCUAAGACCGAUAAAUCUCUAUCGGAUAAUCAGCUGGAUCGAUUGGAACCUCGCAGCCCCCGGGAACAGAAAAGAAUAACAGUCGACCAAGUUAAGGCGAAAUUAGAUUUGAUUAAAAGUAACGAUACGAGUGGUAGCGACACUCGUAAUUCCAAAAAUUCUGCCGCAAACGAGUAUCGAAGAGUAAGUCGCGUUCAACCUCCACCGAACCACACGAGCAGCGAAUCCUCGAUGAGAAGUAAAGUUUCGGAGCGGAUAGAGAUGUUUCGCGAGUUGGAGAGAAAGAAAAACAUUCAGAGGCCGCCGACGUUACCGCCUCCGAUACCGACUAAAUCUUUUUUACACUCCCAGGCGGAAAUGCCGCAGGAGUCUUUAAAACGAAGCCAAAGUCUUAGGAAAUCUCUUAGUGAGUCUGGUGAUAUUCUUACAAAAGUGGCCAUACCACGAUCAGGAAGUUUUUUGAACGCCGGCGGCCUAACUAGGUAUAAAUCGAUCGGACACAGAAACAAUGGAAAGAAAGGAGGUGGAUCGCCAUUGGGGUUUAAUGAACUUUUUAAUGAAUUCAAAGUUCAAGAAAACUUGCAUUCGAUGGACGAAAUACUAGAUGCCAUAAUAGAUCCGGAGGGAAUGUCUUUCAACGAUUUGAAACCCAUAUACAAGGAGUUCCUUUUAAAAUUGGCAGUGACGCUCACAAAAGACGAAAUAUUCCAACACAGUAAAGCCAUAAUGAAGAAGCAGAAGAAACGAGUCCUACGAAAGAACAGCACGUUCCAAAUUAAAAGGAAGAAAAUAUUCAAGGGAGCCAGCGGCCUCCGAAUGGUAUUUCGUCUGCCGUUCGGGAAGGAUUUUCAGAAGAACGACAAGAAGUCGCAGAUAAUAUUCAACGCUCCCAAGCCGACGGACAGCAAACAGAUAUCGGAAAGUUCAGUUUCGACUUCGAGCUACGACAUACGACAGUUUAAGCCGAAGGAGCCCGAGCUGCCUCCGCCGAGGAGACAGACGAUGAGGGAGAGGAAUUCCAAACGCUCGGAAAAUCCGGUGCACGUCUCCAAGCGGAGCGGCAAGCACAGACAGGGAGAAAGGAAUUCUGCUUCAGAGGAUUCAGACUUUCUUACGUUGAGCAAUCGCCUGGGCUGCCAGAAUAGGAACAGCUCGAGCGGUUACGUGUCCUGCUCCGAAUGUGAGUCGGAGGGUUGCGUGGACCGAUGCUACUGCUCCCUGAAGACUGGCUACAAACCGAAAGAUUCCACUCAAACUAAACUACUAGGGAAGACGAAGUGUAAAGAUUGCUUUAAGGAGACGUACGAUGGCGACUACAGCGUGUGCUCGUGCGACUCGGAGAGCUGCGCCGACAGCAACAAGUGCUACUGCAGCGGGCCGCGGCGGCUGGCCACCGCGCACAGCCUCGACUACCUCAAACCCGCCAGGAACUUCUACGCCGACCGCCUCAAGUCCUUCGACGAGUACAACGGCAAGACGAAAACUAGGAGCAGGUCAUCGCGGUCGCGGCGCGCGCGCAGCUCCGACAACCUGGCGCUGGACUACGAGCUGCUGCUGCAGAACCGACCGCAGGACAAGCGGCCGCGGAACAUGCAACGGCUCACCGUUCGCAGCACCGGUGCGGGGUCUCAGGACGCUCUCAGCGUGAAGAAGUCUGCGGAGAUGGCGGCGCUGUUCGCGGACGUCCGGCUGUCCCAGCGGACGGACGUCCGGUCUCUGGCCGGAGGGCGCCGGACGAGCCUCCAGGCCGGACCCACAACCCCGUCCUUCGCGAAGAUGUUCGACCACAGACCUCUCAGUAGGAACGCCAGUCUGGAGGACACGCUAGGAUACUUCCCGUAGUGUGUUCAGAGUCGUCUUAUUCCCGAAACAUAUUAUGAAUCGAUAUCGGUCAUUUUGGAACUCCCGACUUCGACAAGAUUUUCUUAGUCGAAGUUCGAAAUUGAAAGUUUAUUUAAUUUUCGAUUUCGAACGAUUCGAUUUCGAUAUUAAGUAGGGUAAAUGACUAGUAGAUUGGACAGUACUAGUCAUUGGA